AUGCCAGGACCACCAGCGCCUCCCCCCCCUCCUCCUCCCGGCUUUGGGUCGAGCAAUGCGAAUGCAUCGAAACCAGCAGCUUCUGUUAUGCAAGGUCGUGAUGCAUUACUAGGAGAUAUAAUAAAGGGCUCAAAACUUAAAAAGGCUCAAACUAAUGAUAGAAGUGCCCCAAUACUUGGUGGUGGUGGUGUUGUGGCUGGGACUGGAAGUAGCCAAUCAACCGGCUCUACUAGUACACCAUCAGCUCCUCCAAUUCCCAGUAUAGGCGCACCACAGCUUGGUGACAUCUUGGCAGGAGGUGUUCCAAAACUUAAGCAUGUGCAAAAUGGUAUGGCUCCACAAAUUCCAUCACAAUCUCAGGCACCUAUGGUAUCAGAAUUAAGCGGAUCGACCGGUAUGCCAACACAUUCAGCGGCAGGGCCACCACCAAUACCCGCAAGCGGCGCACCCCCGGUUCCUCAAACCGGCGCACCCUCAAUGCCUAAUGCACGACCUAAGCGAAGAUCUCACAAGAGACAGAGUUCGACGCUGGCAACUGACCAAAGUUCAGGCAAGACGGUUUCAACAGGGUUGUCUUUGCCACCGCAAUCCAGUGCUCCACCUCCACCUGUUUCCGCACCGCCAAUUCCUUCGAUUAUAAGUUCACUCCCACCAGCACCACCAGCACCACCAGCACCACUAGCACCACCAGCACCACUAGCACCACUAGCACCUCCAGCACAAUUGGUACCGUCAGCGCCUCUAACACAACCGGCAUCUACUGCUUCGCCUUCAGGUGGGCUACCUUUUUUGGCCGAAAUCAAUGCUAGAAGAUCAGAUAUGGGAACCAUCAGUAAUGAACAAAGCCCGAAACCCCCCACCUCCAAGGCUCCACAAAUUGCCAUCCAAGCGCCUCCUCUACCAAGUCAAGCACCUGCUCUGUCAAGUCAAGCACCUCCUUUACCAAGUCAGGCACCUCCUCUACCAGGUCAGGCACCUCCUCUACCAAGUCAGGCACCUCCUCUACCAGGUCAGGCACCUCCUCUACCAAGUCAGGCACCUCCUCUGCCAGUUCAGGCACCUCCUCUGCCUAGCCAAGCGCCUCCGUUUCCUACUAAAAGUUUCAAACCUUCCCAGACCCCUUCUCUUCCAGGCCAUCCUCAAGCUUCAAAAUCCGGAGCCCCUGUACCAUCAGCACCCCCUCCGCCUCCGCUGUUAAGCCAAUCACAAAAUUCGAAGUCCAGUGUGCCUGUUUCGACUUUAACACCUCCACCACCACCACCACCUCCUCCUACCGCAUCUAGUGCUCCUUCAGGUCAUAACGCUAGUUCAAGUAUUAAAGCUCCAGAUGCUCCUCUGACUGGAGGUCCACUGCCAUUUCUUGCUGAGAUCCAAAAAAAAAGAGACGACAGAUUUGUUGUCGGGGGAAAUGCAGGCUAUAGCACAAAAAUCGAGCAACCUGAUUCUAUACCGGGUGGAUUCUCAGAGAAUGCUCUAUCGAAACCUCCACCUGCUCCUAGUACAGCAACAUCCGAGGGUAUGUCAUUUUUGAGUGAAAUUGAGAAAAAAAUGAAGCGUCAACCUUUGAGUGAUAGUGUAGUUGCCAACACACACUCGAUUUCUCCUACCAAACCACCUGCUCUGCCGACAAUUUCUCCUCCUAAAACGCACUCAAGUUCGUUUAAAAACGAGAUUGAGAAUAGUUUCAAAUCCCACAAACUCGAAGAACAGACGCCAGCGACGCCUGCCACAUCAGCUCCUCCAUUACCGACCUUGAGUGCACCUGAACCACCUUCUCUGGUUACGCGUGCUGCUGCUCCUCCUCCUCCUCCUCCCCCACCUCCCUCCUUGACGGUGCCAGUCUCUUCUCCCCCCUCCUUGGUGCCUGCUCCACCACCACCACCUCCUGCUCCUGCUCCCCCUUUGGCCACAACUGCUGGUCCAGCUCAUACGAAUGCCACCACUCCAGAAAUACAACACUCUGAUUCGAAGUCUCCGCAACCAUCUUCAGGAUCUUUAUCGGUUGAUCAUUCAUCAAACUUAAAGCAAAGACUAUUUUCUUCCGGCUCAUCAUCUUUAAAACAUAGAAUAAAUGAACAUACGGAUUCGCCCGACGUGGAAGUCGGCCAAUUGACAAUAAAUGGCUCCAGCAACACAGUGGGAACAAAAUUGAACAAUAGUAAAUUGAUAAUUGAUGAUUCUCGGUUCAAAUGGGUCAAUGCGUCCCAAAUCUCCAGUCCAAGAGAAUUUCGCAAAACCACUAAACUGUAUCCUUCCGGUAAAGGAAGCAGUGUUCCACUUAACUUGAGUUUGUACGCUUGA